AUGCUCCGAGAACAAGACGCGGCCGCCCGAGAGGUCGCCGCCAAGCCGCACUUCGACGAGGGUACGGAGGUGCAGACCGCGGAGGAGAAGGGCUGGGUGCCAGUGCCCGCGCGCCGCUCGGUGUCCGGCCCGUACUACUACUUCCUGGACAGGGGCUGCACCGUGACGGUGUGCUCGCUGGCCGGGGGGGACGUGCCCAUCGACGCGAGCUCCUUGCACGCGGACUUCAAGACGGACAACGACACGCGCAUGGAGCAAGAGGAGUGGGCGCCUAUCAGGGGCACGCCGAAGCUCGCCGACCAGGACCCGGAGAAGGCUCACCCAACUGCUGUCGGCUCCCAGGACCUCGGAGCCUACGACAUCCUCUUCUUCAGCGGGGGCCACGGCACCUGCGUGGACUUCCCCAGCAGCGACGUCGGGGCCAUCGUGGCCGGGGCCAUGGAGGCCGGCAGGGUGGUGGCCGCGGUGUGCCAUGGACCGAACGCCCUCGUGCAAGCCCUGGCGUCCAGCGGCCCAGCGGUGAAGGGCCGGAGGGUCACCUGCUUCAGCGAUGCCGAGGAGGAGGCGGUCGGCCAGACGGCCAACGUGCCCUUCCUCCUGGAGACCCGGCUCCGGGAGCUGGGCGCCCACGUGGAGGUGGGGCCCCCGUUCGCGGACCACUCCGUGCGCGACGGGCUCCUCGUGACCGGGCAGAACCCGCAGAGCUCCGUCUCGUGCGCGAGGCUCGCCCUGGAGGCGUCGCAGCCGGCUGCGGGCGGCAAGAGCGUGGAGGCCGUCGAGCGGGCCGUCGAGCAGGAGUGCGCCAAGGUGCAGGAGUGCGCCAGCUUGCAAGAGUUCUCGAAGGUGCCCGAGCUGUUGCCGGAGUCGCCCGGAAAGGGCGGCGCGGCACCGGCGGCGGGCGGCGCCGAACAAGCGUCGCCGGCCACGCUGAAGGAGUGCCCCCCGAGCUACUGGGCGGGGCUGCACGCCCUCUUUCCCGCCACCGUCUGCCAGAAGCCGGAGCAGCCCCUGCUGCCGGAGAAGGAGAAGGAGAAGGAGGGCGGCGCGUCCCUGGCGGCGGGCGGCGCCGAGGAGGCACCGCCGGCCACGCUGAAGGAGUGCCCGCCGUGCUACUGGGCGGGGCUGCACACCCUCUUUCCCGCCACCGUCUGCCGGAAGCCGGAGCAGCCCCUGCUGCCGGAGAAGGAGAAGGUGCCGGCCCCGCAGAAGGAGAAGGAGAAGGAGAAGGAGGUGCCCGAGGCCCCCGCGGCGGCGGCGGUGCAGGCUGCCGAGCCCGAGCUGGCGGACACGGCGGUGACCAUCGCCCCGAUCUACAGGCUUGUGGACGCCCCGGCGUUCCGGGACACGUGGAAGGCGGAGUACGAGGUGCGCAGGCCGGACUGCCUGCAGCUGGCCCACUGCUUCUCCGAGGACGGCCAGCACGCGCUCGCCUGCGAGACCUACGCCGACGCCGCGGGGGCCCUGCGGCAGCUCGCGGCCGCCACGCCGCUCGGCCCGGCCGCGGAGCUCGUGCGGCUGGAGGCGCACGGGCCGGCGGCGGAGCUCGAGCAGCUGCGGGCGCAGCUCGGGCCGCUGGGCUGCGCCUUCUUCGCCACCCAGCGGGGCUUCCGCGCGGCCCGGCCGGCGCUGCCGCAGGACACGGUGUGCCACCUGAGCUCCUCCUUCUCCCUGAAGCAGCCCGAGGAGUUCAAGAAGCUCGCCUUCGCCGCCUACCAGGAGGCGGUUGCGCAGGCGGAGCCCGAGGGCUCCGUCCAGUACGCCGUCUCUUUCGACGAGGCCGCUGGCGUGGCGGCGCUCCGGCAGGCCUACGACUGCGCCGAGGGGCUGCUGGCACGCAUGAAGGCAAUGACCCAGACCUUCGAGGCCGCGACGGCCGGCCCCGCCGAGCUGCUGCGCAUGGAGCUGCACGGCCCCCCCGCGGAGGUCGAGAAGCUGCGGCCGGCCCUGGAGCCGAUGGGCUGCGCCUUCUACGCGCUGGAGCGCGGCUUCCGCGUCGAGGUGCGGCGGCGCGAGGCGGGCAAGCAGGAGGAGGAGCCGCCGCCCGCGGACGCCGCGGAGGCCGCGCGGCCGGCGGGCGCCGGGGGCGCCGCGCGGCGGGGCAUCUCGCUGACGGAGAUCGACUCGGAGAUGGCGAACCGCCUGGAGCCUCGCGGGUCAGAUGUGGGCCCCGAAGAGGCCCCGGUCCCCGUGUUCCCGGAGCGGUUCUUCAGCGACGACAAGCUGUCGCACCAGGUGCACCAGGUGAUCGCCAGCACGCGGACCUUUGCCACGAACCUGCGGGCGGCGGGCCCCGCCCCGGGCGGGUCGCGGGGGCCCGAGCUCUUCCGCGUGGAGGUGCCGCGGCCCUACCCCGGCGUGCAGUACCGGAAGUCCAAGGACCUCAACGAGCGGCACAACAAGUUCGCGGCGAACGGCGAGAUCGUGGAGGGCAUCGUGGAGGACGACGGCGAGUGGCUGCGGAUCAGCAGCGACGUGUACGUCCCCAUGCGCGUGGGGUCCGUCCAGAUCCUGCAGCCGCUGCCAGAGAAGGCGGAGGCCCCGCAGCGCGAGGUCCCCUCGGUCACAGACAGCGCGACCGGGGGGCCCCCGCAGUGCUGGUCCUGCAACAUGCAGUAG